AUGAUGGCGUGCAAGAGUGCGCUUGCCGCCGUGCAGCUUGUGCGCGAGCUGCAGCAGAUGUUUCUGCAGCACGCGUGGGGGACGAGUGUGCCCGAGGACGCGUGCCGCAAGUUCGAGGAGGGCCGGGCGGAGGAGGAGACGGAGGGGUACGUGCCGCUGACUGCGCGCCUGGAGGCCGCCGUGUGCCGGCAGCGCUGCGACGGUCUGCGGGUGCGUGUGGGGGUGGGCACCGGGCUGUGCGACAUCCGGCGCGGCGAGGUGACGGGGAGGUACGACUACUACGGCGGCGCGGCGAACAUGGCGCUGAGCACGGCAGAGUGGGAGGAGGUGGAGGCGACCGCGCUGGGUGCGGUGGCGCUGCGUGGGGUUGGGUGGGGGCGGGGUUUCGGUUCCGUAUUUUUUGACGGUUGCUGCGCUGCGCUGGUGGAGGUCAUGGGGCGCCAAUCCGUUGCGUCCUUUACGGGUUGUGCGGCUCGGGCACCGCAGGGGUUGUGUGUGGGCCCCGCCGGUAUGCGUCCGGCUGUGGUGCGAGGGACCGGGCGGGGGUGCGCAUCUCUUCUGAGUCCCCGGCGGAGGGCUUUGUGUGCUCACGCCCACCGCACGUGUGAGGCGCAUGAAUUCGGUGCGACUUGCCGGUGGCGCAAAAAGGCGCCUUCCCUCU